AAAUAAAAUUUUAAUUUUUUUUUUUCAAAAUCUAAAUAUCCGAAUCGAAAUAAUUGAAUCCAAACUAAAAAUAUCUGAAUCCGACCCGAAGUACAGAAAUACCCGAACGGAUUCUACACCUCUAUACCGAAACACCCGAAAAUCUGAAAUACCCAACCCAAACCCAAAUAGGUAUCCGAACACCCACCCUAGUGGUUUAUGCUGAAACUGUUGGCUAAUUUUUGCGAGAUUGUAAUGAUAUAAUUAUUAGGUAUAGAUAUUGUAGGUGAGAGCAAGGGCAAAUGUGAUCAAUAAGUUUAAUACUUAUUACUUAUUAGAUUUUGUGAGUACGUAUUAAUCAAUGUCUUUAAGCCGUAUAUAAUUGAUCUGAUCUAACCCAAAAGAUUAUAUGUUUGCAGACUUCUUCUUUUAGAAAGUAUUGCAUAUUCAAUAUAAUUGCGCAUACUAUCUAUAGGGACGUCUGUAAAGGGAAACCACUAGAACUCUUUUGUAUUCAAUAUAUAAGUAUAUACCCGUUAAGAACUGCAUACACUAGUUUAUUAGAAGACAAUCACCUCUUUUCACGUUUAGGGUAUACUAAACAAAAUAAUGUCAUUAUUUGAAGGAUCGGGUCGUUGUACUAAAUGACCAUGCCAUUUAUUAACGAGGUAAACAACGUACUGCGGAUAUAAUUUUAUUUCCUAAACAUUUUGGAGAAAUAAGUUUAUAUGAUCGCGCGAGUGUGUUUGUUUUAUUGUUUAAGAUGAGAUCGAAUGAUAAUUAUAAGAAUCAAACCUAACUCUCAGGUCUCAACAUCACUCAUCAGUUUCGUCCCAUUUUCCAUUUGAACAAAUCCUAUGUAGGAUAGACUAAUUAUUAAGCCAGAUUAAUUAUUUUAAUAAGAUGUUAAAGUAAUACCGUGGCUAAUUAUAUGCCACUACGUGUCUCCUUGCGUGUUCCCAUGCAAAGUACAACGCAACACAAACCCAUCACAUUUUCUAGAUGCCAUCUCCUUGGAACUCCCCUCAGAAUCUACUUUAAUUUUAUGGUUGCCUUUUAUUUUAUAUUAGUAAGAUCUGUAUAUGAAUGUCUAUAAUUUUUUUCCGAAUGGGGAUAGGACCACGAUGCAUUAUAUCUGUUUGCUUCCCUUUUAAUACUAUUAUAGUAUUAUUACACGUUUGUUAAAAUAUAUACGCCGUUCAAUUUGAGUAUGACAAGAAUAACAAAAACCAGUUAUAUAUUCCUACUUGUUGAUAAGUUAUUGGUUAGCUAAGGAAGGCCUGUGUGAAAGAGUUUAAUUGAAAGCAUAGACAAAAAGAACUUUAACUUAUUAUACAUGAUGUUUCACAGGAACAAAACACUUAUCUUAUACAACAUAUUAUUUACAGUAAUCUUUUUUCUUUUUUGCUAAAUUGUAAAUUUCAUAUUAAUGAAAGAAGACUGUACAAAAGUUCAAUCUAAAAACUGUUCUACCAUGGCAAAAAGAAAGGGAAAAACACAAGGUAGAACAAAAUUAUGGGGUUUUUAGCAAAAAAAAAAAAAACAAAACAAAACAAAAUUAUGGGUUGGCACCCCUGUGACUAAGUUAUCCAAAGCGACAUCUGAGAUUUGAAUUUCUUCUUGUCUCUCCUAGCUGUUAUGAUGUUUCGAACCUCCCUGUGGAUUGUUCUUGACACUGCUUCAGCUGAAAGGUUGAUUACAGUGAUCUUAUACCAAUGUUAAAUUAAUGUAGUUCCUUCUUUUUCUAGAAAGAGGUGACCUAACUCCAUUGGCACAAAUUCGUCACAAAUUCGUCUUUAGACAUGAGAUCAUCGAUCUUGUCCCCUCAAUUAAGAUUUUCAGAUCUAGAGUCACGAUCACCUUUAGUUAAUUAAGAUUCCACUAAAUUAAAAUCAGAAUUGGUCAAUGAUAAUAUAUGAACCCCUCAUCUCUUGGACGAUGCCUAACAUUGCCUUUUUUCUUUCAUUAUGUGAUAUAUAUACUAUAUUUUAGCACUUAUUCAUGAUUGAAAGUUUGAAACCACAACUAAAUUUGGGUUUUACCCAAAAAAAGAAUAGGGAUAAAAGAACAACUCCCUGUUAGUUUGUACUUUGUAGAAUAGUGGUAAGUAUUUUCUUAACAUUUACACCAACAAUAAUAAUUUUGGUGUAAUACUUCUCCUUUGUACAAGUAGUAAACACACGGUCGAAGUGAUUAUUCCAAGAACACGUUUUUUAGCAAAAUGCAUCAAGGCUGAAAGGUUAUAUAGCAAAUGAUUCUUAACAUAUGAACAUGUUCCUCGGAAAGAAGUUUUUCAAACACUACAAUCCACUGGUUACUCGCUGGACCAAAAUAUCAACACCUAAUUGUUCGAAAAUUCCUUACUUAAUUACGUAUGAAAUUAAACUCAAGAUUUUAAAAUUUUACAAUGGGAAUCCGUAACUGCUCAUAUGCAAAUGCAAAUACUGUACGUGAUCUUCUUUUUGAUUAAAAAUAAUUAAUGAACAAAAUAUCUGCUUUUUAGGCCAAACAAAAUCAGUUCAAGUACUAAAGUAGUAGUAAACACACGGGUCAAAGAGAUUAUUAACUAACUACUAAUUAACUAUAGAAAACCAAAUUAUAUGUUCAAUUACUAAAGUAGUAAACACACGGGUCAAAGUGAUUAUUAACUAAUCAACUGCUAAUUAAUUAUAGAAAACUAAAUUCCAUGUUCAAUUACCAUUCCUCUUAUAUAGGCUUAAACCAUAUAAAGUUUCGAAUAUAUAUCCGGUUUUGUGCAAAGACCGAAAUCAGAAGCAUUACAUUAUAACUGAUAAACCAAAAUAUAACUCCAUGAUAAAUAAAUAUUGCUCAGUAUUGUUCUAUAUUGUGGUACUACUGUAUAUAAUAACUAAGAACGUCUAGAAUUUCAAAUUAAUUAAAAACAAUGAUAUUUUAACUAAAAUUACAACAUUUCUUACAACACCCUUGUUACAAGAGAAUUAAAAUAUUGCUUACUUUAUAUAUAAUAAAGUUUUAUUAUUUUUUAUAAUUAUUUAAAACAUCUACUCGUGUUAGAAUUUAAAUGCUUCGAAAUUUUUAAUUUUGAAGUGAUCAUAAACUCUUAGAUAGCUUAACAGUAAUGUGAAUAAUACAGCAUAAUGAAUAUUUUUUUUCAGGCAUUUCAUAGGAACAAAAACCCAUGUGCGACGGUAGACAAACACACGCGUAUCAACCAAACACUUGUCAUCAUCAAACUCCUAUAUAAAACCCUUCACACUUCUUCUUCAUUUUAACCAGCUCCAUUAAAGCUUUUUAUCAACAUUCUAUAGACACCACAAGAACCAGAGAGAGAGAGAUGGACGUUAGAGGGGGAUGUUGCAUAGCAAGAUAUGGUGGUUACGGUGGUCGCUACGGUCUCUCCAAGGCCGACCGAAUCAUGCUUCGGUUCCGACCAAUUGCUCCCAAACCAUCCAGCGACGGCGGAGGUGGAUCUCCCGGCGCCGGAAAGUAUUGCUCCUCUACAACAAGCGGUGGCAGCUCCGAUGUAUCCAGUAACACAAAGAGAGGAAAGAGGAAGUAUCAUAAGGAGAGUUCAGGCGUUAACUCCCGGAGGUGCAACAAGAGGAAGAGACCGAACACUAGAACGGCUGUUACCUUGUCUCUUUUACCAGAUCUGAAUGUAUCUCCGGUGGAGAAGCAGAGGCAAAACGGUCCAUUAUGGCUAAGCUUCAGCGGCGGAGACCAUGAGAUGCUAACACCGUACAAGACGGCGGAGAUCUCGCAAAGAACGGUGGUGGUCUCGUCGUGUGUGACGGUUGAGCGUGUGACCGACGCGUGGACUAACGGUUAUGGUUUAGGGAAGACCGACGACGAGAAGAAGUUGAAUCUAGCGAGAGAGGCUUGUCCAGGGUUUAUAUCGGACGGUGUUGGGAGAGUCACGUGGACCAACGAGGCGUAUAGGAAGAUGGCGAAGGAAGAUAUUAAUAUUCCGGUGGAGGACGGUGCACCGGGGAUGAGUUAUGAUCAUUUUCACGUGAUCGUACGGUUGGUGAUGAAGGAGAGGCCCAUGCUCACGUACCCGGCGUUCACAUGCAGAGUGAGGCUACAAUACACGUGUCAAGAUCGUGAGAGAGGAUCGGUCACGGUGCCUUGUGACGUGUGGAGGAUGGACGGUGGAGGUUUUGCGUGGAAGCUUGACGUUAAGACCGCUUUGUGCCUGUAACUUUGUAUGAGUCACACAAUGCUUGAUUCAUCCGGAUAUGCCUAGAAGCGGCACAAUGCUUGAUUCAUCUGGAUGUGCUUACAACCGGCCAUGUGUUUGAUUCAGUGAUGAAUGGUCCCAAUAAUAUACAGAUGGCCACCGUAUGACAAACGUAACUAGUGCUGAACUUUGCUUAUUAAUAUUUUCACCUUGAACAUAUGUUACUAGUCAUUUAGUCUGCUUGUUUCUUUAGUUAGGAUCUUGUACUUCUUGUUAUUGUUCGUAUGCUUAUCUCGCUCGAC